GAGACGCGGAACUCGCUUGCUGCUCCCCUUUCCUCUGCAACACGCUGGGCACUGUUAGGCUCCCGGCCGACGAAGCGGGAUCCGCUGCUUCGCGCUCUGAUCUUGAAUAAAUCCCGUAGAAAUCCAGUAGAACGAAUCAGAAGGGAGCGAAAUCCUGCGGAAGGAGGGAAAAGAUCCUGGAAUCCGUCGAUCUCAAAUGUUUCCCCUCCCUGGAAGGACGACUGAAGUUGGCGAGGAACGCUGGCAAUGUCGAGAGUCGACGGGGGCGAGAUCGUAGCGAAACACUGACUUUCUCGUCUUCGAGAGUCAAGGCGGGGAGGAACGAAGGAACGGGGCCAGGAGGCUGGAACCCGAACUGGGGUUGAAAAAAAAACGGGUGGGAGCGAAAUCAGGCAAGCGAGGUGGCGGCGGCGGCUAGAUUUCCCCUUCGGUGGCGCCCGCAGGGCGUGCGGAGAGGAAGGAGGCGGGGGGGAAGGAGGCGAAGCAGAAGCAGCUGCACCACCAGUUCCGUCGGUUCGGCUCGGCUCUCCCGCCUGCCUGGAGACAGGCGAAGAGGGGGAGGGUGGUAAGCAGCAGCUGCGCUUCUGCUGCUGCAGGAAGGCGGCGACGGAGAUUGGCUGUCGAUGGUGCGGCCUCUGAAGAACUGGUGGAAGGGGAGGGAGAGAAGAAAGGUCCGCAAAUCCCUCCCCUUUGCCUGGCCUGCCUCCUCUCCACCCCUCCCACCCGAUUCGCCUUUACUCCGCCCACCCUGUGGCUGCGUGCUGCAUUCUCUUAAAGAAUAUCCGCUCGGUGGUCCCAAGAAAAUCUGCGCGUUCUCAUUUUCGCCCAGAGACCCGGUCCGGUCCGGUCCUUAACUACUACUACUACCUUCUUCAUUAAUGCUGGCUGGCAUUUCACUCGUAAUAAUUCUGCUUUGAUACCAAGGCUCUCAGUCGCUUUUUUCUUUUCAAUUGUGAUUCUCAUUGUUACUUAUAUGAAUUUUUAAAAUUAAUUUUAUUAUUUCUUCUAUGCCUAUAGAUUGAAUCUGUAUUUUAGUCUUCUCCAGAAGUCUUUCUAUUCUUCCCUGAUUUUAACACUGAGGCGGAUUCGGCUUAAAUGUUCCAGUGAUAUCUCUGGUUACUACAUUAGAACUAAGUUAGCGGGCCAAUUUCCCUUGAGUUCCGUCCCUCCCUCCCUCCCUUUCUUUACUGUAAUCUGCCAACUCUUCUCCACUUCUGGUUUAGUUUAGUUCUUUAACAGAAAAAUGGAUUGUGCUUGAAGUAGUUUUCCUCACCUGCAUCAUUAGGUUUUUUUCCCCAAACCCCAUUUCCUUUGCUCCUUAGAAUUUAUUUAACUUGAAUUCGCCCUUAUAGCUAGUGCAGUUUCAUAUUCUAUUACAAUAUACUUAAGAGAGAAUUCUAGACUUUUCAUCUUAGGCCAUUAGUAAUUUCUUCAACUUCAUAGAAAACUUUUCAGCCCUACAUUUUGGGUACUUUGUCUUCUCUUUCAGCUCCCAUUUGCUCUUGAAUGUAUGAAUAGCUCACAGGUUCCAGGUUUAAGAAUAGUUUAAUUCUUGCAUUAAUUUCCAGGAGUUACUAACCCAAACUCCAUGUUUGUGAUGUUGGCUUUUUGUGAAGGUAGCUUGGUAAGCAGGGUUCCUUAUUCCAGUUUGUCUUUUUCAGGGUGAAAAUUGAUUUGAAGGGGGAAAACAGGGAGCUGGAAGGGGGAGACCCGGGAGGUGUCACCCUUGGGUCUGAGAGGUGGAGGAUGAACGGAGAAGCAGAUAGUCCAACCAAUUUAGAAAUGACGGCCCCGAAAAAUCAAGACCGUUGGACCCAGGAAGACAUGUUGACCCUCUUGGAGUGCAUGAAAAAUAAUCUGCCCUCCAAUGACGGCAGCAAAUUCAAAACCACAGAAUCCCAUUUGGAUUGGGAUAAAGUGGCCUUCAAAGACUUCUCUGGUGAUAUGUGCAAGAUUAAAUGGAUUGAGAUCUCCAAUGAGGUGAGAAAGUUCCGGACCUUGACAGAAUUGAUAAUGGAUGCUGAAGAACAUGUGAAAAACCCAUACAAAGGCAAAAAACUGAAGAAGCAUCCUGACUUUCCCAAAAAACCUUUGACUCCGUAUUUCCGUUUCUUCAUGGAAAAGCGAGCAAAAUAUGCUAAGCUACAUCCAGAGAUGAGCAACUUGGACCUAACCAAAAUUCUCUCAAAAAAAUAUAAGGAACUCCCCGAAAAGAAAAAGAUGAAGUAUAUUCAGGAUUUCCAACGAGAGAAACAAGAUUUUGAGCGGAAUCUGGCAAGAUUUAGGGAAGACCAUCCUGACCUCAUUCAGAAUGCCAAGAAAUCCGAUAUCCCAGAAAAGCCCAAGACCCCCCAACAGCUCUGGUAUACUCAUGAGAAGAAGAUCUACUUGAAAGUCCGACCUGAUGCCACCACGAAGGAGGUGAAGGAAGCGUUGGGCAAGCAAUGGUCUCAGCUCUCGGACAAAAAAAGGCUGAAAUGGAUUCAUAAGGCUCUGGAGCAGCGGAAGGAGUAUGAGGAAAUGAUGCGGGAUUAUAUACAGAAGCAUCCAGAGAUGAACAUUGAGGAGGGGGCACCACAACGGUCCACACUAACAAAAGCAGAGAGGCAAUUGAAGGACAAGUUUGAUGGGCGACCCACCAAGCCCCCUCCAAAUAGUUAUUCGCUGUAUUGUGCUGAGCUGAUGGCAAACAUGAAAGAUGUCCCAAGCACAGAACGGAUGGUACUCUGCAGUCAGCAGUGGAAACUUCUCUCCCAAAAGGAAAAGGAUGCCUACCACAAAAAGUGUGAUCAGAGAAAAAAAGAUUAUGAAAUUGAGCUUUUGCGUUUCCUGGAGAGCCUGCCUGAAGAAGAACAACAGAGGGUUUUGGGAGAGGAAAAAAUGCUGGGAAUAAAUAAGAAAGGUGCCACCAGCCCUGCCUCUAAGAAGUCAUCACCAGACGCCAGCAAGGGAGGUUCUGAGAAACCCAAACGGCCCGUUUCUGCUAUGUUUAUCUUCUCGGAGGAGAAACGCAAGCAGCUGCAGGAGGAGCGACCCGAACUGUCGGAGAGUGAACUGGCCCGGUUGCUGGCGCGGAUGUGGAAUGAUCUUUCAGAGAAAAAAAAGGCCAAAUAUAAAGCUCGGGAGGCUGCCCUAAAAGCUCAGACAGAGAAAAAACAUGGUUCUGACAAGGAAGAUCGUGGUAAACUUCCUGAGUCACCCAAGACUUCUGAGGAGAUCUGGCAACAAAGCGUUAUAGGAGAUUAUCUUGCCCGCUUUAAGAAUGACAGGGGGAAAGCACUAAAAGCCAUGGAGGCUACCUGGAAUAAUAUGGAGAAAAAAGAAAAACUUAUGUGGAUUAAGAAAGCAGCGGAAGAUCAAAAACGAUAUGAGCGAGAACUGAGUGAGAUGAGGGCACCACCAUGUUCAACAAAUGCCUCCAAGAAGAUGAAAUUCCAGGGUGAACCAAAGAAACCCCCCAUGAAUGGAUAUCAGAAAUUUUCUCAGGAGCUGCUUUCAAACGGUGAACUCAAUCAUCUUCCUCUAAAAGAGCGGAUGGUAGAGAUUGGGAGCCGCUGGCAGCGGAUCUCUCAGAGCCAAAAGGAUCAGUACAAAAAGUUGGCUGAAGAACAGCAAAAACAAUACAAAGUGCACCUGGACAUGUGGCUGAAGACCUUGUCACCGCAAGAGAGAGCUGCCUACAAAGAGCAUACCUCCAGUAAACGUAAGAAUAUGGGGAAGAUGCGUGGCCCAAAUCCAAAAAUAAAACCUUCAAUGCCGUCCAAAUCAGAAUCUGAGGAAGAGGAUGAAGACGACGAUGAGGAAGAGGAGGAGGAAGAAGAAGAGGAUGAUGAUGAUGAGAACGGUGAUUCUUCUGAGGAGGGAGGAGACUCUUCAGAUUCAAGUAGUGAUGAGGAGAGUGAAGAUGGGGAAGAGAAUGAAGAAGAGGAUGAUGAAGAGGAUGACGAUGACGAUGAGGACAAUGAAUCAGAAGGCAGCAGCAGUUCCUCAUCCUCUUCAGGAGACUCUUCUGAUUCGGACUCUAACUGAAUUGUCUUCCAUCUUCCACCCUCCUUGCUAUACUUUAUUCGGUUUUGUUUUUCCGGAUAAUAGUAACAUUGCAGCUGUAGAGCUGGGAUGGGGAAGAAUCAGAGGGGGGGAGGGAAUCACUGUGGUUUAAUUCACUUCCUUUCUUCACAAUCCUCACAUUGCAUUAAUGAUGUGUGACUGUGUGAGAGGAACAAAGGGCAGGGUACACAAUAGCUGACAAACAGCAGAGGGGUGUACUUUUCCCUUUUUUGUGGGUGAUGAUAGCGUGGGGAGAGAAUUUCAUUAUAUAAUCCCUUCUCUCUCCCUCCCCUUAAAUCUCUGUUUAUAAGAGAUGACAGGGGUCAUAGCAAAAUCCAGACCCCUUUAACUUUUUUCCCCCUCUCAUCUUCAUCCCUCUUCCAACCCCUAGUUCUAGCCACCAGCUUGGGACUUUGUACAAAUUCUUUUUUAAACAACAACAUGGCAAUGAGAGACAUUUUCCCCUUUUUCUCCAUCUAGCCCAGCAAACAGCCAAGGAGAGAUGGAUUCUAAAACAAUAUGAGCUUUGGGAAUUUGCCAGUGAGCCUCAUCACUCCUCAUAAUGGACAAUCUUGUAUAGUCUUGAUCUUUCACAUUUUGACAAAAGAGAGAAAGAAAGCAAAAUGGCUGCAGCUGCACUUAGCAAUUUCCUGUGACAAACUGGAUAUCCAGCAUUUCCUGCUGAGGGAAAUGGGAAUUGGGGGGUCAUAUUCUGUGUGAGUGUGUUGCAAGGGUCAAGGGAUAGAAGAGGGACUGAAGAACAGGAUUUUUUUUAUUUUUUUAUUUUUUUGCAAAGGGGGAAUAUCUGGCAUACUGUUGAAGAUGGAGAGAAUUUCAAAAACUCCAAGUGACUGGCUUUAUUUUGCUGGAGGUGGACUUUUCUGUCAUUUUUCUGACCAGCGUUUGGCUAAAGACGUAGUAGCCAGACCCCUUUGGGUUGAUGUUGUUGUUAAUAUAUAUAUUUUUUUUUACAAUGAAGUGACCAAUAAUUGUACCAAAAUGGGGCAUUUUGUUGACUGUCUUUGGGAGGGGUGGUUGGUUGUGGGGAUCAUAUGUGUCAUUAGCAUUUUUUUAAAAAUAUUUUAUAAACCAAGUAAGACAACCAUCUUUUUUUACAAGAAAACGUUCCCUCUUUGACAUUAACCUCUUUACGUGUCUUUUACCAAAUGCAAAAUUUAAGAUCUUGAGGAAAAAUGAUUUAUGUGAGACAAUGUAUAGGAGAAAUACAGAUGUAUGCUUUUUUCCAACAUGUCUUGAACACACUAAGCUGAAUUUUCAAUUCAACUCUGGACAGAAAUGUGAUGUCAGGAAAGGACCAGGCACACAAAUUCUCUCUUCCUGCCCCAACCUUAUGUUUUCUUUAGCAUGGCAUUUAAAUAUCUGUGGAAGUUCUGUAAAUUAGACUAUGAUUUAGGAGAAACUAGCUAAGCAUAUAAAUCACAAAUAACCAAUCCUAGCUUGGUUUUCUAAAUCAUAGGUGAAGUUAAUAAUAUUUUGUAUGUAGGCAUUGCAAUAAAACAAAGUUAAGUGAUAACAGAAGUGAAAGAUUCCAAUCUUGGAUUUCAUAGGUACAUCGAAUUUUUAAAAAAGGAUGGAGAUCAUGUAAGGUAAAUGUUUGAGAAUAAGAUCCUAAAUCAUCUACAAAUAGGCCAACAUAUUUGGGGGAAGGAAAAAAAAGUUAUUACCUUCAAACUAGUUCAUUGUAACCUACUAUUUAUUGGACAGGUUAAUUUUUAAGAGAUAUUUUCUUUUCUAUUUUUUUUACCCUUUUUCCUUUUUUUAUUGAAAAAUGCCCUGAUUUUACAAGGCUUCUAUAUUUUUUAAGUUAUAAUCACAGCCAGUUAAGUAUGAUUUAGAACAAUUGGCGAUCUUAAUUUUCAGGUAUACCUGAUCCCAGGACUAUAGGAGGUAUGAUUGAACCCUUGCCUGGAAAGGAUUGAAACAAUAAAUUAGAUUUAAGACUUG